AUGAAACUCGCAGGCUUUCUUUUUGCCUCAACUUCAGCCGGCUACUUUCAGCAGUACAAUGGGCUGACCGCUGAAGAAAGGGAAGAGCGACGAGUUCUCUGCGACGCCAAGACUGAAGAGACUAUCGAGCAGUUCCCGAUCGAGAACGGCUCUUGGAACUGUCCAAAUCUAGGACUCUUGAGGUCGAAGAUUCGUUGCUAUCCGACUUGCGAGGCGGGAUUCGUUCCCGACUGGACCGCCAAGCCGAGGAAGAAUGCCCCGCGAUUCAUGACCCGAUGCGGCGAGCCAGCAACUAUUGCCAAAAAAAACCUCAACGCCAGCGUCAGAUUGUCCUGUUCCCCGAAGGAGGCUCAUCCAUGCGCCGCUGCAGCUGCCUCCGUCCAGCUUGAAGAUGGUCAGCUCGAGCUCGCGAGAGUCAUCAACAACAGAAGAGCCGGCUACGACAUCAUCUGCGAAGACGGAACAAACAAGGGAAGAGUGCACUGCAACAACGGGCACUUCAAAUCGUGGACUGUCGACGCGUGGGAAACCGCUUGUCAGGGCCAUACGACUUCCACAACUACCACUACCACUACUACCACUACCACUAGUACGACGACAACUACGACCCCAGCUCCGAUCUCGACCACGACCAGUGUCGACGAUGGCUGUGAGAACCCUUGUCGCAACCCUUUCUUGACAUGCUUCCCGAUCGUUAGCAGCUGCCCGCUCACUCCAAGCUACAACAAUUACCUGCAGAGACAGGCGGCAUCCGUCAGCUUCCGCUUUGAAGUCGACAUUCUCUGCGACUCCUAUAGUUCAGCCUACUACUACACAGGCCACAGCUUGUACAUCGAUCACGAAAAUCAGAAAAAAUUUGCUCUCACUCGUAACGCGUACACUACGGGAAAAAUAACUGUAGAAGUGGCAAUUCCUGAUGUUCAUGAAUUCGAUGUGCAGUGCGAAGAAGGGUCUUGGCGGGUGAAAUCAUGGAAGAGUCCAUCGAAAAACACCGUCGGCAGUGAACCACUCAAUGAGCAAUUUCGACUCGAUGAGAUGUUAGACGAAUUGGUUGAUCCAGUCGAUGAUUUUCUUCUCGAAGAAGAUCCGACAAUCCAUGAAGAUACCUUGGAAGAUGCUGUUUUCGACCGACAAAUGGCGGUAAGAGAAGUCACCAAGGAACUGGAAAAAGCGGAGGAAUUCAUUAAACGAGCAUCAGUUCUAUCGCUCUCCGCAAGUAAAUCUCGAUCUCACACAAAAUCGUCUCUUGGCGGGAGCGCCUUUUCCAUCCACAGUUCCAGUACAUGUCAUAGUCAAAACAGUGAGUCGCGAACGAAAGGUCUUCUGAUCAACAAUGUUCUUGCUGAUAUUGUAAAGACGAGAAAGAAGGACGAAAAGAUGCGGAGAUCAACGAUGACCAGAAUGAGCAGGCAUUCAAUGAGCAUUAAAAGCCCAACUCCUGAACCCGCGAUAACUCUGCCCGAAGUGCUUGGCGAGCAGACCCGCUCAAAUAUGAAAUCUGCAUAG